AUGGAGAAUCCAUUGCACUCCACUCCGCGUCCCGGAUAUUAUGUAGUAGAACUGAAUCGAAGUGUUUGGAUGGUUCCGGAAUAUUAUCAGAAUUUAACACCUAUCGGAACUGGUGCUUAUGGAACAGUUUGCGCUGCCGAAUGUACAAGAACCGGAACUCGAGUGGCCAUCAAGAAAUUCAACAGGCCAUUUCAAUCAGUUAUUCACGCUCGAAGAACAUUCAGGGAACUCCGUCUAUUGAGAUGUAUGCAACAUGAAAAUAUAAUAGGACUUCUCGAUGUAUUUACCCCAAACGCCUCUGUUGAAGAGAUUGACGAUGUAUAUUUUGUUUCGAUGUUAAUGGGCGCCGAUCUCUCAAACAUUCUUAAAAUUCAACGCCUUAAUGAUGAUCACAUUCAGUUUCUGGUUUAUCAAAUUCUUCGCGGCCUCAAAUAUAUUCAUUCCGCGGAUAUUAUUCAUAGGGAUCUCAAACCAUCUAAUAUUGCAGUUAACGAAGAUUGUGAGCUUAAGAUUCUUGAUUUUGGUUUGGCUCGACAGACAGAUGCGGAAAUGACGGGAUAUGUAGCGACUCGAUGGUACAGAGCUCCUGAGAUUAUGCUCAAUUGGAUGCAUUACACACAAACUGUGGAUAUCUGGUCGGUCGGUUGUAUUCUCGCUGAGCUUAUCACCGGAAAAACGCUAUUCCCUGGAUCAGAUCAUAUUGAUCAAUUAACCCGAAUAAUGUCAGUUGUUGGUACACCCGAUGAGGAGUUCUUGAGCAAAAUAUCUUCGGAGGAAGCAAGGAAUUACAUAAGAAAUCUUCCGAAGAUGCCAAGACGCGAUUUCAAGAAAUUAUUCGCACAAGCAUCACCAGCGGCAAUUGACCUAUUGGAGAAAAUGUUGAAUUUGGAUCCUGAUAAGAGACCCUCUGCUCAAGAAGCAAUGGAACAUGAAUAUUUAGCCACUUAUCACGAUGAAACCGACGAGCCGAUUGCUGGAGAAAUGCAGUUGAAUGAUGAUGUUCAGGCGAAUACGAUAGAGGAAUGGAAGAAAAUUAUUUGGGAUGAAAUUGUUGAUUUCGAGAAAAAUGUUUCAUUCCUUCCUGUUGAAGAAGAUGACGACGAUGAAAUGGAAUCGUAG